GGCGGUUCCGCGCCGAUUCUGGACUGCGCGACGACCACCGGUGCGGCUACGUCCCCUUCAACGACCAACUGCUUCUUGCAUGCCAGCAGUAGUUCUCCUCCCGCACCAUGGCAAAACAGCUUCAUGCCGGAAAUUUAUGUUGUCGUCGACAAGUGCGAGUCCCGGUGGUCUUGCCACAUGACAAUGCUCGACCAGAAGAAACAGACCCUGGAGUAUCUUGAGCAUAGCUUUGUCCCGGUCGUCAGUUACCAGGAAAAGGACGACCAACUGUUCCACCAGAGGCUAAAGCAGGUGCGGAGCUGGUCAGCCGCUUGCCGUCGGGCGGACGAAAAUCGGCGCAAGCGAGAGGCACGGCGAGAGGAGAAGUUCCAGAAAAGUCUGCAGAAAACAGGCAUCUUCGCCGGCCGUGGUGCCGGGGGGCCCCGGAGCGCGUCCUUUGCGACCCGGCGGGGGUCUCCGCCCUUGGCACUCCAGGCGCCCAGAACUGCACCUAACUUGAGCUCCAAUGUGGCGGGUGUAGAAGACUUUUCGACUACAAGAACUCCACGGGAGGACAGCUACAAGAACACAACUGGCCGACGUGUGGUAGCUACAGCACGCGAGGAUCUGGAAACAAGCAUUUGUACCUCCGAAUCACGACGACCCGUGGACGAGGGGCCUGGUACUCGAGCAGGAGUAAACGAACAGAAAGAGAUUGACGAUCAUCAACCUGCAGUCUCGACAUUGCAGCCACCCCCGCCAUCGUUUCCGUCCUCGUCUCCCUACAUAGCUGAUAGUGUCUUGAAACUUCUCCCCCGAUCGAAUCCCGAGCUGGAAUUGCCAAAGCGAAGUAGUCCUUUCAUCAUCCCUCCCAGCCUCUCGCCUGCUGGUGAGUCUAACAGUACCGCCUCCACCCUUAUUGCGCUGCUAGGCAGGCUGCAGCAGGCUUCGACGAAAGAUAGCGACUGCGUCUCUACUGCUGGUGCUGUUGGGGAUUCAGGACCGAGUGGUGCAACGACCAGCGAUAUACUGGGAACGAUUCCUGAGUGGUGCAGACAAACGUCCACAGGCACAGCGCUGACAUCCAGCAGCGAAGACACGAGCACGACGUCUUCCUCUUCCGCGUCCUCCAAUGGCGCUCUUCUGCACGAUUUUGGACUGGGGUUCUGCUCCGAAGCAUCACCAGGUUCAUCCGGUACUUUACAGGUAGAGCAACAGCUUGACAGAAGUGGAAAAAUCGGUAAUGGCGCAUCUUCACCAUCUUCUCGCAGUAUUUUCCGCAGCAACGACUACCCGGAGCAACUCUCUGCAACCUCCGCUUCUAGGUCCGACCGCAGCAGUGUCGUCCAAAAGGGCAUUGUGGACCUCGAUGAGGUUGCCGGUUGUAGUACUCUUGCUGGCCACGAAGGCGCCGCAUGGCAGGACGCUAAGUUGUUGGACUUUCGCGCGUCCUCUAUGUGGACAAGCUUUAAGACUUCUCGCGCAGAGCGCGAUACUUACGACGCAGCGCGCCCAGUGAUUGCCAAAAACUUCACGGAACUCGCAGGCGAUGCGAUUUUGGCUCCGAACAAGCUUAGCGCCUGCAGCAAAAAUGUCGCCAACGCGGCAGCAAUGCUGGAGCGCAAGAAUCGUUCCGGACAGCCGGCACUGCGACGAGCGAAAACGCUGCCAAACCACGAGAUCGGCGCUUCCGGUGUCCCGGCUACGCCCCGUCGCGACAACAAUGAUCUUCGACAAGCACCAGCUACGAGCGCUACUACGGCGGGAAGCACCACUAGCAGCACAGACCAUUGCAACAAUAAACUAUCCCCAUUCAUUAUGCCGCAGGUCCCAAGCCUCAGAGACGCGAUGCUAGCCUGCGUGCACACUUCCCGGGGACGCAAAAGCGAAAACGAGGACUCUGAAGAAGACAAACCGAAGUACAGAAUUCGCCCGGUUGCGAUGACAGCUCGUGCAGCUCCCUUUUCGCAGUAUACGUCGGAAGAUAAAAUUGCGCCACGCGGCCAGCGAUUUAUCCAAAAACAGGACCCUGACUGGAAACGCCAAGCCGCUUCUCGACGGGCGAAUCGACCGGGUGGAACCAGCUGGACGAGUAAGCCGCAACGAAAGAAGCACGACCGCCCUCUUGACGGUCAUCCUUUGCGCAAGGCUUGUGAGCCCUUUCUGGAUCCGUCUUCCUUCUAUGGACCUGAACCCCCGAGGCUCGAGAAUCGUCUGUCGCAAAAUUACUUCUGCACGGAUCCCAAGGAGAUCUGGAUCGAGUACGACAGCCCAAGCCCAAGCGUCGAAAAGUCGUUCGCUCUGCCUCCGCCCUCCAAUGCCGGCUCGCCUUUGCUCGCGUCUGCCUUUGCGUGGUCUGCUAGUACAUCAUCUGCUGUGGAGCAGCAGAAGGCCUCGUCAGCACAAACGACGACUUAUAAAAGCAGUCCUCCCGCAACUUUGGUGAGUUGGCUCGGGGGGAGGACCAACGCAAUCGAUAGCGGUACUGGGUCAACAUCCCCAACUGCACCUGCGUCAUCUCCGGAAUUGCAGCAUAUUAAAGCCGGCGCUUCAUCUUCGCCUUUGGGAAGUUAUCUCUCGGCAAGCAAAAAUGAAAAUCCCGACCCACAGCACGUAAAGAAGAAGACCUUUCCUGUUGAAAAAACGCUCGAUGAGGGUCGUACAAUCCGCGUCUGGGCCAGUCGUCCGUGCUCGCAGCGAUUUUUCGAACAAUUGCGACGUGCGCGGAAGAUGCAACCAGUGGAAGUUCAUCCCGGAGUUGUGCAGAGCGCGAAGCUGAGCAAAUUACGGAUCUCUUCGUCCACCACGAAUGACAUUCCGGCUAGUAUGGCAUCCGUUACGAUAACGACCACGACCGGCGCGCCCCUUACCACAACUAAGACAACCCUAGCGCCGGCGUCAAAUCGCUCCUUGUCCAGCGCACCAGAAGAUUCUACUGUCGUUGCGCCGCUGCUGCUGACAAGCACGACACCGGCUCCGGGAGGCCCAAAUAAGGAAUCGCAAUCGCAAGUAGAAGAGCACCAGGCCGCGGCGGUGCACUCUGCCGGAGUAGAUCAGGAAGCGCCACGCAUUCCAGGAGCAUGCAACAAUUUGUCAUUGUCGCUGACUGCUUCCUCGAUGGUCACGAGGAAACAGCACACAGACAACGCUAACACAACUUCCUCGUCAGUUGCCGCUCUUACAGAAGAACAGAAGCCGUCCGCGUCUCCUGCUAGUAACGUUGUCUCUUUCGGUCUUCGGAUGGAAGCUGGGUCGCCACUGCACACGUUCUCGGAUUCGCCGCAGGGCGAGAAGGCCGAGUCUUCAGAAUUCCUUCUGCGACCAAGGCGGUCCCGGCGGAUCAGGCUCCAAGUUGCGCAGUUGCGUCUUGAUGCUGCAUCAGACGACGAAGGACCACGGGCUGUUGGAACAACUCCGCUAGCGGAGGAUUACAACUCCGCUAGCGGUGGACCCCCCGAAGAGCUGCUGCGGCAGCCGGGAACUGCCCCUGCAGCUAUGUCGUGCGGACGUGAGGGAGGCUUGCGAUUGCUGGAGGACGGCAUGGAGAACCUGCGAAUCUGCGCGCCUCAGGAGGGUGCAGGUGGUUCCUCGGCGACGACAAGGAGCGCCGGGACGUGUGGGAACUUCGACCCCGCGGAUUCCGCACCGAGAACUCUUGCCACCGCUCCUGCAUCUGCAUAUAAUGCGCUUGCUGGUGCCCCUCCGACAGGCGCGGGGAACAUCUCUGCGAAUUCGAUUUCGCGCGGCCACUCGCCACUCGGUACCUGGUCGGAACCCCCUAGCAGCCACGGGUCGCCUGACUUCCAGGGUAUGUGUCCGCAUAGCGAUGUGAGCACGCGCUGCAGCCCAGAGCAGACGGCAAAGGAGCUUCGCGAUGAUCACAGCCUCAUCGACGAAGAAGAUCUUGAGGAUGCCCUUGCAGGCACUGAGCGCGUGCAGUCGCAGAUGCAAGCAAGAAAAGCAAUCGAAGAUCGCGUGCUUGCAACAGAAGUUAUCAAAGCACUUGUGGCGCACGCCGCGAAAAGUACAAGGAGUGCGAAUCACGGACAACUCGAUGUUGCUGACGCGGACGAAUCGCAGCUCGAGCCGCCCAUGAAGAAUUCAACCGUGGUUGCUUGCAGCACUUGUUCGCCUCCUCUUGGCGAAAGGGAAAGCAGGACAUGGAACGGACUCGGUACCAACUCGUCAGAGGCACCAGCCAAUCCUGCGGCUUCGCCUGGUAAUCAGAGGACCUCUACCGAUAUCGGGGUGAUGGCGCCGAUGAUGACAACAGACACGACCACCCAAGACGCGGCCUCUUCUAAAAAUGCGUCAACUUAUUGUUGCGCGACGACGUCCGAUCCGCCCACCUGGGAUUGGCUUCACAAGACACGCCGCCCUCGGUUCCAAAACAGGACCGCAUUCACCGCAGAAGCCCCAUUCUCUCGACCGGCGCACGACAUGCAGGACGUCACGACUAGUGCAACUAAUGUUGUUGGAACCAGUCCGCAGGUAGAAGAUUUAUUGGGGACAAGGGGCGGAGGUGGCGAAGGCGAAAGCGCACCUAAAGCUGCUCCCGCUCUGUCCUACGAAGGAUCGCCCUCGCAGCCCUUCAUGUCUCCUGCGCCAGCCCGUGUGUCCGUAUCUCCCUUUCUGUCAGCGCAUUCUUCGCCGCUUGGAAGCACGAUGUCAGAGAUGCUGCCUGUUGUCGUUCCGACACCUCCCACUCCUGCCUCUGCGUCUAUGUUGGAACGACCGCUGGGGCAGCUACAGCCCUCAAGUCCGUCAAGUGAGCUAGAAGCUCCAUCAGCAACAGGGGGAGCUUUUGCCUCGCUCUUUGCUGCGGUACCCCGCGCUUUUGGCAGGACCACGCCCGAGCAGGCUAUAAGGGAAAAUGGUGCCUCCCCCUCCACCGGAGGUGAGGCUCUUCGUCCUUCGAGCAAGAAACGCGAAGAAAAAAGUAGUUCAGCACUCGGCGAUCAAACUACCCCAGCAUCGCCGGAGAAAAUCAGCGAUCCUAAGUCGUUCGCUUCCUCUGCGACGACGACGAGGGCGACACACCCACACGAUCCGGCACAGAGCCGAGCUCACCGACAACAAAAACUACCCAGGCGCAUUGUCACUCCUUACGUGCGCCAGAUAGAUCCCGAUGUCUUGUCGGGUGCUGAUCAGUGCGGCGCUCAACCGCCCGCGUCGCCUUCACCUUCAAAAGCAGGAACUGGUGCAACGAAGGAGACGAGGGAAAGCUAUGCUGCAAAUACGAGUGGGAGUGGCGAAAAUGAGAUCAGCAAGGCACAACAAAAAGCUGCAUUAUCAUCAGACUCUGAAGAAAAAACCCGCUCCAUUGACUACGAAAUGGUAAUGGAGCGCGUUUUCUGUCCCGCUGGAGAAUACUUUCUCGAACCGCUGCCAGUAGAUACAAGUGGCGCAGACCAAUCGAUGAAACACGAUGCCGGCGUAGCGGAAGGCGAGCAAAGACCUGCUGAUGCUGGCGACAACAGUAAUGAUGCCGCGUGGUCCCACGAACAACCACAAGUUCUUGACACGGAAAACGAUUUUACCGCCACUCUUUCGCAGCUCCGACCGGAAGCGCCGUUUGAGAGUCAGGCGCAGCGCGCAGCGCGUUUUGGGUCAGAUUUCCGGAAGUUUGUGCUCUUGGAGGGAACGGGACCAGCCGAAUUCCGUCUUAACAUCGACAAGGACCUGUUCCAUCCUGCUGCCAUUGUUUUACUGGAUGAGCACCGGGGGCGAGUCCCGAACUUGGUUUCUGUUGCACAUUUCACCGCCUGUCGCUGCCUCGGCUUCGAGAGGCUGCGUUGCUUCCUCGUACCGAAGGAACUGGUGGACCCCCGGCGGUACCCAACAGUUCUGACCUACGGAACGUCUACCAUGUCUCACUCGCCCAGCUUGCCAGUGCCCAGCAGCGGGUCCGUCUUUUCGACUCAGACUUCUUCUUCGCAGCACGAGCCUACCGUCUUGCCCAACGGCCAACUCAAGUCAGCGUCUGCAGAAUCUUUCAGACAAGCACUGGAUUUGCAGAUGCAAGCGAUUCGUAAGAGCGGCGGGCAGCGAGUAAAGGGAUUGCCCAUGCCUCCCCGGGCUUUGUCGGAACAAGAGCACCGAGUCUGCGAAACGAUCCUUGUCAUUCUGCCUCGACUAAUAGACAGUGCCGGUCCGUCGUUCCAGGUAGAGAAAUACUGGCAUGCUCUGUGUCUUGUGGUGUUGCGCGGCGCUGACGUCGGAUUUUGGAUGCUGCCCCGUAAAGAUUGAUCGGCAUCGAACGAACUAUCACGAAGUUGAUGACGAGUUUUUGAAUGUGCAUGUGUACUGCUGUUGUUUGUGUUAUUUGCGCACUGAUGCAAAUUAUUAGCAUCUUCAGAAUACUGUCGUCGCCUCUUCGUCACAGCUGUUGGUGCGCGCAAUUCUCAAUUUGUUUGCCGGAGUGCGUGCUCUAGUUUUUGUUUUUACGUUUCACAUGGCGGGGGUGCUGGGGCCUCCACGGACGACGUUUUGUUAGGAUGCUAUGUAGUUGUAGUCACAUCAGAAUCGCAUGUCUAGUACUCACUUCGUAAGUCGCGUUUGAUGAACCUCCUACAUGCAACUUUCCGUUUUUGUGUAGAGGCAACUUGUAAAAGAAACGAAUGGAGGACGAGGAGGACGGUCAGAGAUGCUUAACCUUAAGUAUUUCCUGGCUUCUUGUUUGGUCCUCGUCCCCGCAUAUCUCUUUUUCAUUUCAUCACGAAGUAUAUCUUUUUCUGCCUGAGAUUAUUUUUGAGAAUACAAUGAAAAUGCAUCGCGAACGUUACUUGACUUUUUUUGAUGGAGUCUACAUCUACUUCGGAGCACUGCUGCAUUUUGGAAAUUUGAAUUUGUUUAUAUUAUACCGAGCUCGUUGUGGUAUGCGUAGAUAAAUAAAGGAAAGUUUAAAAAUACUAGUCAUCUAUAUCCGGCCACCAGGUCGUCGAAAGAGGCAAAUGGUUUGCUUUUGGUCCAUGUUUCCUGAUGUUAAUAUCUUUCCGCCCGGCUCGAAAUCGAUUGUUGCAUGGGAAGCGCGAUUUUUGAGCUCAUAGAUACCUGUUGUACAAUCCACCACGCGCCAGCUCUAAGUGUGACUAUGACACAGUCACAGACAAUUAUUACUUAAACUUGAUAUGAUAUGUACUGUGCUGCCUCAAGAUCCUGAUCCGUUUGUCGAAAUGCUUACACUACUACACUAGUUGUUUUGAGUUGAUCGUGAAGAGUCAGCGCAUCCUUGUCCUCAAUUUCCAUUUUGCAGGGAGUCUUUCAACGAGGAAACCGCGCAGAGUCAGCAAUCUGGUUGCCCUUGAACAACAUUGCUUGCGACCAAGGACCUUCAUGCUACAUUACAGAAAGUAACCGGUUAUUUUCGAAUGCGGUUACGCUAGAAUUGAACAGCAGGCCGAG